AUGGCUGGAGCUCUGAAAUCAUACAAUAGAGAUUUUGACGGCGCUAUGCUGAGACCUCGCAAAUACACGCACAUUAUGCCAAAGAAGUACAAUCCAAGAAAGUAUGUUGAAUCUUCGCACCCCUCUUCACAAUUGGAAAGAUCGAGAGGCGCGUUUGUCCCUGCAUUGUGGGAUAGAGACAACUGGUUUGUAGAUGAGUUUUGGGACAAGCUCAGUUCAGGAAGAUAUUUUGUUGGAUUUGAUGACUCAUUGCACACCGACGAAGAGAACGAUAAGUAUAUUGUCAACUAUAAAGAGCCGGGAUUGAAUAGUGAGGAUGUUAAGAUUGACUUUGACAAGGAAAACAACGAAUUGGUGAUCAAUAUGAACCACAAGGAAGCUGAUGAAAAAAGUUCAAGUUACAAGUCUUAUGAAAGUAGUGUCAAGUUUAGCAAGCCUAUUAAAGUUGACAAAAUUGAAGCCGAAAUUGAUAAAAAUGGUCUUAAUUUGGUGUUACCAAAGGAAGUUGCUGAUAGUGAGCGUCUUCAUAAUAUUCCCAUUAAAAGCAAGGCCUGA